UCUUCCAAAACAAAAAAUGGGAAUAUCUAAACCCUAGCUGCGCCACCUCCAUCUCCUCCUCCACCACCAAUGGCGCCGCCGUCGUCGUUGAGGAAACUCCGAGAGCUGAUGAAGGGCAAAUUGAGCCCCGGGGAAAAUUCCAUUAGGGAUAAGGAUGAGGAGAAUCCAGAGGUUGCGCUUGUUUCAAAGAAGGUGAACAAGAAGCGGAAGAAGCUGCCGGGUACCAAGAAGGGGGAAGGGCGCGACGUGGAUAGGCUGGUCCGGGAGGAGGAUCCCGAGGUUGUGCUCGUUUCAAAGAAGCUGAACAAGAGGCGGAAGAAGCUGCCGGGUACCAAAAUGGGGGAAAGGCGCGACGUGGAUAGGCUGGUCCGGGAAGAGGAUCCUGAGGUUGUGCUUGUUUCAAAGAAGCUGAAGACACAUCCGGUGAGUGAACCGAAUGCAUCAUCGAGGGAAUCGAUCUGGGAAUCCAGUGAACCGCUCACGGGUAAGAAGAGAAAAGAGGGGAAAGGCCACGCCGUGCUGGUCGGGCAGGAUGGUUCGGAGGUUGCUCCUGUGGCAAAGAAGUGGAAGCCAAAGCCGGUGGCAAAGAAGUGGAAGCCAGAGCCGGUGCCAGAGGACAUUCGCUUGAGUGCAUCAUCGACUGUUAUUGUUGCUUAUGCUCCAGACAUGCCACACAGGUAUGGACAUUUGCUAAGGUCGAUUACCUUUCUUCUGCCUUACAAGAGUGAUGGGACGGCAUAUGAAUGUGAUCCCAACAGAGUGAAAGAUCUGAUAAGUCGAACCAGAUGUGGUUUAUGUCUUUUCUUUCAGUGGGUUCAAAGAGAUAAGGAGAUGUUUUGUUGGAUAAUUAAUAUAUCGACAAAUAAUUCUACUCAGUUCCUCGUAAAUCCAGCAUUUGUAUCUGAAAUGUUAGAAGUGAAAGUUAAGCGUGCAGCUUGUGCUUUCUCAUUAAACUUCUGUAGUGAUAAAAAAUGGGCUGGUGUAAAGAAUGCUUUGGAGCUGGUGUUUUCUUCACCUCAACACAAGACAUCUGAAGCUCCUGAUAAUAUGUAUGUCUUCACAAGGAUAGAUGAUUGUGUCUACUUCAGAAAUAUAAAGAUUAAUGAUUUCCCCAAUAUUGCCGAAGGCGAGCCAUUGGAUCUGAAAGAGGUUGGACCUUAUUUUUGCCUGAAGCUUGUGGAUAUUCAUGGAGAGACUGAUGUCCCAUAUCUACCUUCAGAUGUUGUUCCACAAAAUAAGAUUAAAGUGUGUCCCAUUCAAUAUUGUAGUUUGUCACCUGAAUUGGGAUCUUGCAUAGCACCUCAUUCCCUCUACUUGAAUGACGAAAACUAUACGAUCCUUAUUGAGAAUGGUCAUGAUUUGUCAGCAUUUGAGGGUUAUAAUGUUAGCCUUGAGGAGUUUCUUGCAGAGCAACCGUUAUUGAAAAUAAAACAUAUUGUUGGAUCAAAAACUGGCGAGGAGUGUUUGUUUGUGAGAAACAUUGCCAAGUAUAUCAUCAAAUCCAUCCUUGCAUACCUUGUUAAGCUCUUCUCUCGUGACAAAUGUAUCAAAAUGAAGAUAAUAGGGCGCAAACAUAUCUUUCUGAAAGGGUCCAAAGUCAAAUUCUAUGGGGUGGAAUUUGUACAGUUUGAAGAAAAUCAAGCAGAAGACAAUGUAGUGUGUGUUGUUGGGUUAAUAAGUGGAUGCUUCCCUGAAGACCUCAUCCCUAGUGAUUUAAGUGAGAUGCUUGAUCUUUUGCUAUCAGAUCCUCUGCACAAUCUUGAAGCAGGGAAAGGUGAUUGCUCCCUGCUGUCAGCAAAAGAGAGGAGAGAACUCUUGGUUCUUUUGCAUACCGAGUACAUGACAAAUGUGAAACCUAUGUUAUGUGGUAAAGAUGGCGACGAUCCAAAUGGAAAUUUGGAAGAGUUCUUCGCAGGGUGCCCAUACAUAGAAACAUGGGUAGACACUAUGACAAAAAACACUUACCUAACUGAGGUCGCCAGUUAUAACUCGGUACUGGGGGUUUUGAAACUGGAGAAGAGAAAAGAGGAGAACAAAGAGAAGUUGGAGAAUGAAGAGGAUGACAAUAAAAAGCUAAUACAAAAAGGAGAGCGACAGUUUCAUGUUCUAAGAAAUUGUGAUGUACAUAUUCCUGAGAAGGCUGCAAAGGAUGGAAUAUGUCCAUUUCGUCUGACGUGGUGUGACUACAUCCGUACGUGCUACUUUCGAAAGUAUCUCUCCUUUGUGCAAAGGCGCAUGGAAUCUUAUCUAAAGCCGACAAGGUGAACUCACGGGUUUGUGCAUGGCGGCAUGCCGCGCUUCACUGAUAGGUUUGUGUGCUAGUCUUCUAUUUUGUGUAAAUUUUCACGUGUCUAUUCUUCUUUUUGUUUUCGUACCUUUUUAUGGCUCACAAUGAACUCUUCAAUUAUGUAUUUUGUCUAGACUGUUACUCACUACACACCGUAACUGAAUAUAAUAUAUUGAUAUAGAAAUGUAACGCAAAAAGGCAGCCAAGUCAUGAUUUUGAUUAGACUAUUGACCAAUUGCACCCUGCACUGCAGCUAGCUUGAACACAUGUGUCGUAGAAAAUUUGUAUUUGAUGACCGAGACCGAUCAGCGCACAGGGGAUGUUUAUCCCGAGACAUCAAGAUAGUUUGAACAUAGGUUAUCCAUUUUUUACGACACAAGACUUGUCCAAAACCUGAAAGUACAGAAACAUUCAUGUCACCCUCCUAGCCUAGAAGACAGUGACAUUGACCAAAUCGAAUUGUUCCUAUGAAAAAAGAGAGGUGGUUUCAUUUUGAUGUGAUUGCAGCAAAGCCAAUUGAUAUUGUUAUCGAUGUAGUGCUGUUAAAUCAUCAGUUACUAAUGUACUGUUAGAAAAUGGCCCUUUGUUGGCAGAUAGUACAGUAGGGAAGGUACAGAAAGCAACACCUUCAAAUGAGUUCAUGCUCAUGGACUCAUGGUAGUUUUUUCUUGGAGGGCUAUCUUGCAUUUUCUUGUGAAUGCAUGCUCUACAGCUUUGUUGGCAUCCAUUUUCUUUCUUGGGGGAGACCGUGAACACAAACUCAUAAGCUUUGUUGGCUAUAUUUCCAUCCAGCAAUAUAUUGUUCAUUCAUACUUUUGGUAGGCUAGUCCACGAUGAGAUUGUCUUUUGUUGAUUUCAGUGGUGUAGUAUGUCAGUUGAUCGAUUGUUACUUGUUAUAGCUAGCUCAAAAUGUUGUUGAAUUGUUAUAUGCACAUCACAGUACUGUAAAUUUUCUUGGAAAUAUGCAUCGGGUUGUGUAGUCAUCUAUGCACACGUGGGCUAAUGAUGGAUCUUGUGCUGAUUAGAUAUAUAUGCAUCUUGGGUGUUGAUCUUAAGGUUGCCACUCCUGGAAACCGACAUUAGUGUAUAUUAUUCUGAACAUUAUACAAUUCGAAUAGUGUUUAUACAAUUGAAAAGCUUUGAGGACUAUUUUUUCAAGCUAGUUUCAGUUUAACAUUCUUUUCUUGCCAAAUGAUGGCUUUCAUGCCAUGGUCAUCUAGGAAUAAAAGAGUACAAUAUUUUAUUUAUGUCAAAUUUGAACUAAAACCAUGACACUUAUUAUGGAACGGAGGGAAUCAGUGUGAGCAUAUUAUGUUUGCAUCUAUUUCAUUGAGAACCAUGCAUAUGUGCUUACAUAUAGUUUAAAAUGUGAUACUGUAUAGUAACUACAUUGUUCUUUUUUGAUUUGCAAGUUCCUAAAGCUAACCAACGAAAAUGUUCAAAGAACUUGAUGGUGGAAGUUCCAGUAGAGUGAUUAUUCCAGUGACAACACAUUUUAGCAUGGAUCAGUCCCAUAUGUACAUCUUUAUAAUGGAACUGAAUGCUUAUUAUUGCUGGAUUUUCUUGGUUAUAUUUUCAAUAUUAAACCAUGAUUAGCACACCAAAUUUAUCCUUGGUUAUAUAUGUGAUUUGUGUUAUAUAUGGUCAGCGUGUGAUGUGGAUUGGAGUUAUUUUUCCUUGAUUAUGCGUGUUUCCUA